AUGUUUCAAUCCUUCACGGGCAAUUCUCGUCGCCCGCGGCAAGUGAACCUCAGUGGCCGAGCCACUAAUCCCUUCGCUGCAUUCCCCGGAAACUCCCCAACUAGACAAACUCCACAUGCUGCAAAUCCCGAGAGCGCAGUCGCCAUUGCCCAACGAGAGCGAGCCCUGAGACAGCACGAGAGAGAUCGACAGACCGCAUCUCGCACCGUUCAGCGAGUUUGGCGGGGUCAUCAGAGCAGGAAAACAACAUAUAAGGGCUGGAAGUCUGAAUGGGAUACCUUUGAGUGGGAGAGGGUUACCAGUGCCCUGGGAUUUGACGAUGAUCGUGGCCCAACGGCGGAGCUUGAGCGUCUGGAGUGUCUAGCACGUCUUUCCGCGCCACCAUAUCCCACAGCGGAGCAAUGUCUGGACCAGCUCAGGCUUUUGGUUCAGUUUGUGGGAUUGGUGAGAAAGAAAGAGGAUGUUUUACGUCUGGUAUAUUUCUGCAAUGUCUUUGAGCAGACCUUCCAUGCUCUCCCCACGAUUGCUACGGAAAAUGACUGGACCGAGCUGUUGAAACGGCUGGCAAUCGCUAUUCUCCACGCCCUCGGCUCAUCAAGGGACAGUCCGACUCAUGAAGCAGCAGUUCUGCCCCUCCUUCGGACGAUAGUCUUCCUUGUUGACUUGAUACCAAAGAAGAUGGCAACAAUCGCCAAACACUACUAUCAAACGAUGGCGUUCUUGACAAAGAACAUUGGGCUUUUGGAAGGCACACUGUCGCCGGAGCGUGUCACAAAUGCUGUCCUGGCUCUUUUGAGACCCAUAACAUCAGAAACAAUGGCAGCCUACGAAGCACUUGCUAUGUCGUAUCUCACCAUUCCAAACUUGCCCGCUUAUCUUGGCAAGCUUGAUGGAUUGGCGCACCAAAUCAACUACAAAUUACUGGCGCCUGCAAUCGAAUCAUGUAUACCUCUGACCAAAGAACGCCUUUCUGCCGAAGAUGUCGAGGGUAUCGAGGGUCGACUUUGGCUGCUUGCAUACUUGAUCUUCUUUCACCGAUAUGCGCUUCCAGGCCAGGCCAACUUGCAAGCCCCCGACCUCGGAUUCCUGAAUGUGGUAUCUGGGUUGCUUAAUUCAACCUCUAUCUAUCUGACAAGGUGCUUGGAAGCGGACGAGAAUGGCUCGGAUCCAGUCAGGGGUCCUUAUUUGGAUCAGUUCGUCGCAGAUCAAGUCAGUAGCCUGGUCAACCAAAGUAGUAUCACUGGAUUACUCUCUCGCAUCAAGACAUCCCACCUUUCUCACGCAGAUGUAUCAAGCAACGAAUACAACGCCUCGAGAGAAGCCAAAGUCCUUGCUACCUAUGCUCUGAACUUGCUGAGGGUGUUCCCUCGGCGUGGAGACGACAUUCGAAUGUGGUUAUACCUGGGUUCGGCACCGUCAGCAGGUCUGACUUCUGGCCAACCAGGUGCGAAAAUACCGGCAAUCAAAUACUUCUGGCAGGCAUCAAGAUCGAGUCGGAUUUUCGACACCAUUAGCAAGGACUCGACCCGAGUUCUUCCGUUACUGCAACUGCCAGAAGAUGGGGACCAAGAGGAUCAAGAGCAGGAGUGGACGAUCAUCCUUCUCUUUUUUGAGCUUUACACAUUCCUGUUGAAAGUCAUGGAUGAUGAAGAGUUCUUCUCGAGCGCGUCUCCAUUCACGUCUUCAACAAAUGUGUUAUCUUCGUGGACGAAAGAGAGCGCGCUGCCCCUUAAAGAUAUCAAGGAUAUGACCGUCUUCCUGAAGAACCUCGCUUUCACCCUAUAUUGGAAUGUUGCCGACUUGACUAAGAAAGGACCUGUUCCAUCAUCCGCCGUUGAUCUUAGAAGUUAUUUCAGCAAUACGGCUCAAGUUUCUGGACCAAUUGAGCGUACUGAAGUGGAGGCCAAGAAGGAAAUCAAUGAUCUUCCUGGUGUUACAGGUAUCCCACUCGACUACUUCAAAGGCUUAGUUACGGGGUUGCUCAGAAUGCUGCAUGAGCGAGAUUCUCGACGCAAAUUCCUCCCUCAAAAUCAUUGGCUAAUGACAGAUCGAUUCGACAUGGAAGGCUUUAUCCCAGCCGUUGUGGCAGAAGAGGAGAAACGCCAUGAAUUCCAGGACGACGAUGAAGAAUCCGAACCUGAUCUUCUUGACGAUGAAUACCCGGAGCCUUCUAACCUUGUUGGCAAUAGCCAUGCGCGGCGACUGAUUCACAUUCAGGCUAUGCGAAAUAGUCAACGAAGGCAAGCUCAAAAUAACGCUCUGGCUGCCAUUGCACCACGGCUAGAGAUUCUUCGAAAUAUGCCUUUCUUCAUCCCAUUUGCCACGAGAGUGCAGAUCUUCCGUCAAUUUAUAUUUAGGGAUCAACAGCGUCGCCGGAAGGGCUUCGUGGAUCCUGAGUCUUGGCGCUUGUCUGUGGCCCAAAACGCUAUGAUAAAUGGACCUCCUGAGGGUGCGGCGGAUAUCUUGGCCCGGCACCACGCCGACAUCCGGCGUGAGAGUGUGUUUGAAGAUGCAUUCUCUCAAUACUAUGGCUUGGGUGACGGUCUCAAAGAGCCAAUCCAGAUCAGUUUCAUCGACCAGUUUGGAGCAAUGGAAGCUGGCAUUGACGGUGGCGGUGUGACGAAGGAGUUCCUGACCAGUAUCACUAGCCAAGCUUUCAAGACUGAUGACCAUGAGAGCAUGUUUGCGGAAAAUGAUCACCAUCUGCUGUAUCCUAGCCCGACAGCGGUUGACCAACUGAAAAAGGUUCUCAGCGAGGCUGGACUCACAAGUUCAAGCCUAGAGUGGCAGGAUGAUGUGCGCGGUCUUCUUCGACGAUAUGAAUUCCUCGGCCGGAUCAUUGGAAAGUGUCUGUACGAGGGCAUCUUGGUGGAUGUCAACUUUGCUCCAUUCUUCCUCUUGAAGUGGGCCUUGACAGGAGGCUCGAGGUCUGCGGUGAAGGAAUCUUCCUAUCGUGCCAACUUGAACGAUUUGAAGGACCUUGAUGAGGGGUUGUACCAGGGUUUGUUACAACUGAAGAAUUACCCCGGAAAUGUGGAAGACUUUGGUCUUGACUUCACCAUUAACAACGUAAUCCGGAUGCCCAGUGGAGCCAACCGCACUGUCACAGCAGAGCUGAAACCAAAUGGCUCACAGACCGCUGUGACAAACAAAAACAGAUUGGUUUACAUUUCCUACGUGGCUCGUUACCGUCUACAGUUGCAACCUGCUCUACAGACAAAUGCCUUUUUGCAAGGUCUCGGCCAGAUCAUUCAACCCGCCUGGUUAUCCAUGUUCAAUCAAUCCGAGUUGCAAACGUUAGUGAGCGGAGACAAUGCUGAUAUUGAUGUGGAGGAUCUGCGACGGAACACCCUCUACGGAGGCGUGUAUGUGAUUGGUGAUGACAAUCUAGAACACCCGACCAUUGCACUGUUCUGGCAGGUUAUGCACAAGAUGAACAACGAAGAGCGGCAAAAGGUCAUCCGGUUCGUGACGUCUACCCCUCGAGCUCCAUUGCUGGGAUUCAGCCACCUUCGUCCCAACUUUAGUAUUAGAGACUCCAGUGAGGACCAGGAACGCUUGCCGAGUACCAUGAAAACAGUCGCCAUUAUGUCUGCUGAAGCCCCCGCCACCGCUCCCGUCACCGACAACGUUGUCGCCGCUGCCCCUGAGGCCAAUGGCACUCCCGUCGAGGCCACUUCCGAGGCCGCCGGUGAUGCUGCCAACAACCAGCCCCACUCGGCUUCCCUCUACGUCGGCGAGCUUGACCCCUCUGUGACUGAGGCUAUGCUCUACGAGCUCUUCUCCUCCAUCGGUCAGGUCGCCUCUAUCCGUGUCUGCCGUGAUGCCGUCACCCGCCGCUCCCUGGGCUACGCCUACGUCAACUACAACAACACAGCUGACGGUGAGCGUGCUCUUGAGGACCUCAACUACACUCUCAUCAAGGGUAAGCCUUGCCGCAUCAUGUGGUCCCAGCGUGACCCCGCUCUGCGCAAGACUGGCCAGGGCAACGUGUUCAUCAAGAACCUCGACAACGCCAUUGACAACAAGGCUCUCCACGACACCUUCGCUGCCUUCGGUAACAUUCUCAGCUGCAAGGUCGCUCAGGAUGAGUUCGCCAACUCCAAGGGUUACGGUUUCGUUCACUACGAGACCGCCGAAGCUGCCAACAACGCCAUCAAGCACGUUAACGGUAUGCUGCUGAACGACAAGAAGGUCUUCGUCGGUCACCACAUCUCCAAGAAGGACCGCCAGAGCAAGUUCGAAGAGAUGAAGGCCAACUUCACCAACAUCUACAUCAAGAACAUCGAUCUCGAGAUCACCGAUGACGAGUUCCGCGUCAUGUUCGAGGCCUUCGGUGAGAUCACCUCCGCCACUCUCAGCCACGACCAGGAUGGCAAGAGCCGCGGUUUCGGUUUCGUUAACUACGCCAACCACGAGAGCGCCGAGGCCGCCGUGGCUGAGAUGAACGAGAAGGAUGUCAAGACCCAGAAGCUUUACGUUGGCCGUGCCCAGAAGAAGCACGAGCGUGAGGAGGAGCUGCGCAAGCAGUACGAGGCUGCCCGCAUGGAGAAGGCCUCCAAGUACCAGGGUGUCAACCUCUACGUCAAGAACUUGACCGACGAUAUUGAUGAUGAGAAGCUCCGUGACCUCUUCACUCCUUACGGUACCAUCACUUCCGCUAAGGUUAUGCGUGAUGCCGCUGAGCGCUCCCCCUCCCCCGAGGGUGAGGAGAAGGAGGCCGACAAGGAGACCAAGGACUCCGAGGAGAAGGAGGUGAAGACCGAGGAGACCGCUGAGGUCAAGACUGAGGAGACCACCGAGGAGAAGAAGACCGAGGAGGGCGAGGACUCUGAGGAGAAGAAGACUGAGAAGAAGGCCUUCGGUAAGAGCAAGGGCUUCGGUUUCGUCUGCUUCAGCAGCCCCGAUGAGGCCUCCAAGGCCGUCACCGAGAUGAACCAGCGUAUGGUCAACGCCAAGCCCCUCUACGUUGCUCUCGCUCAGCGCAAGGAUGUCCGCCGCAGCCAGCUUGAGGCCAGCAUCCAGGCUCGCAACACCAUCCGCCAGCAGCAGGCCGCUGCCGCUGCCGGUAUGCCCCAGCCUUUCAUGCAGCCCGCCGUCUUCUACGGUGCUGGCCAGCAGGGCUUCAUGCCCCCUGGACAGCGUGGCGGUAUGCCCUUCGCCCCCCAGGGCGGUAUGCCCAUGCCUAACAUGCCCGCCGGACGUCCUCAGUACCCCGGUCCCUUCCCCCAGCAGGGUGGCCGUGGCAUGCCCCCCAACCAGCAGCUUCCUCCUAACUUCCAGGGUAUGCCCAUGGGCAUGCAGGCUCCUGGUGGUAUUCCUAACGGCAUGGGUUACCCUAUGCCCCAGGCUUUCGGACGUGGCGGCGGUGGCCGUGGUGUUCCCGGUAUGCCCAUGAACAUGCGUGGUGGCCCCGGUUUCGGCCGUGGUGGUCCUCAGAUGGGUCGUGGUGGUGGUCGUGGCCAGCCCGCCCCUGGCGGUCAGCCCGCUGGUGGCGAGCCCGCCUCCGCCAACCAGGCUCUCCUCGCUGCUCCCCCCGCUCAGCAGAAGCAGAUGCUCGGCGAGGCUCUUUACCCCAAGAUCCAGGCUCAGCAACCCGAGCUUGCUGGCAAGAUCACUGGUAUGCUUCUUGAGAUGGAUAACGCUGAGCUGCUUGGCCUGCUCGAUGAUGAGGAGGCUCUCCGCGGCAAGGUUGAUGAGGCCCUUAACGUCUACGAUGAGUACAUGAAGAACAAGGGUGAUGGUGAGACCACCGAACCCAAGCCCCAGGAAGCCGCCAAGGAGGCCCCUGUUGAGGAGAACAAGUCUUAA